CGCGUCGGGCGAUUUUGCCAGAACCGCCCGCGUCGCAAAAGUUGCGAGCGCACGCGCGCCUUUCGUGCGAGUCAUGACAAGUCCUGUCGCGGCGGGUCAAGGCUUACCAGUGGUGACCGUGACCAAGAUCAUCGACCACUCGCAUUUGAAUGCGGACGGAAUGCUCUCCCUCUCCACCCUGCUGAAGUGGAUGGACAUCACCGCCUGCCUCGCCGCCGAACUGCACUGCCGCAAGAUGAGCGUCACAAUCUCGAUGGACGAGGUCUCGUUCCCCGCAGAGGAGUAUGGCAAGGUGGCAGUCGGGCAGGCCCUGUCGCUCCGCGGCCAGGUCAAUAACGCCUUCAACACCUCGAUGGAGGUCGGUGUUCUCGUCACCUCCGAGGCGCUCGGCACGGGCGCCACGGCCACCGUCUGCCUCGCCUUCUUCAUCUUCGUGGCGAUUGACGAGUCGGGCGGCAAGGAGAGCGCGCGCGUCGAACCGGUCGUGCCGGUCACCUUUGAGGAGCAGCACGAGUUUGCCCUCGCCGCCGAGCGCCGCAAAGUACGCAUCAAGCGGCGGCAGGUCGAGAAGACAAUGGCCAGCCGGCUGCUGCCGAGCCCGCCCGUCUCGCCCGUGACGCUCCGCAGCUCCGCCGUGCGCAGCUCUCAGUUCGGGUCCACCUCCGCCGCGCGGACUUCGCGCCGGUCGUGGGUCGGCGCGCGGGCGCAGGAAACGCUGCAGUCGAUGGACACGACUCAGCUGGUCCUCCCGCACCAUGCGAACCACCACGGAAACACAUUCGGUGGACAAAUCAUGGCCUGGAUGGCCGAAUUUGCGAGUAUUCUCAGCAGCCGGCAGGCGAAAGCGUCUCUCGCGGGAGGGCGACCGGCGGGCGCUGUGCAGGUGCACAUCGAGGCGAUCGACGCGCUCCACUUUAUCUCGCCCUCCAAGACGGGCGACCGCAUCUCGCUGCACGGGCACGUCACGCGCGUUUUCGGCACCUCGAUGGAGGCAACAUGUCCAAACAGAUAG